GGACGGCUUUGGCAGCUCUUGGCCAAGCCAGCAGUGCUGAACUGCAGCUUCCCAGCUGUCCCGGCGCGGCUGAGCCAGCCCUGCCCGAGGAGCGGAGCUCUCUGCUGCUCAGCUUCUGCCAUCCGCGUAGGUGGGUGUGAGGGCAGCAUCCCUUUGUGCUGAGCGCUGUCCUGCCAGGGCCACCACGGCCACCACACGCUCCUCUCAGCCUUCCUUCUCAGCUCCUCGGGCUGUGCCAGAGCAGCCAUGCUGCUGGGGUGCGCUGCUCCCCAAAAUGCCCCUGGCACAAAGCUGGGAGCAUCCUGGGGAACACGUGGCAGCGACGGAGUGGGGCAGAGGCACGGCCUGGGAUGUGGGCUCUGUGCGCAGGAGAUGUGCUUGCUGUCUGCCUGAGCGGCCGUGCCUGCAGGAGCCUCCAGAGCUGGGAAUGAGGCAGCAGUGAGGGCUGUUGUGGGGCUGAUGGAGUGACGCACGGCGCAGUGAGUUUGCAGGCUUUGCAUUAAACUGCUUUAAGCAAAGGUUGGUGAAACAAAGAGAGCCUAGGGAGAAGAAAUUGCCUGUUUCUGUUUAUUGGAGACCGGUUGGAGAAGAGGUGCCGUUUUGGGUGUGUGCAGCCCUUAGGAGAUAAGGGGGGGCUGCAGUCAGCUCCGAAGCGACCAGCGGGAAGGCAGUGAUUGCAGCACGCGUCACUGACAGCUAUCAGCUGCACUCAGACAAUGUACUACACGUGCUCUGAGCACAGACUGCUGUUGCAGUCUGUACCUCAUCGGUAUCCCAGAGAAGUUCAGUUAGGUCGGGUAAGGCUGUAUGACCUGUCCUGCUGGUACAGUGGUCGCAGGUCUGGAUCUGGGGGUUGCGUGCUGGGCAGGUCUCAGGCCGGCUGAGAGGAACCCCAGAAGAUGUCCUCAGCAUCCUGACUGGAUCCCCUUUUCUCACGUGAUUUCCCGUGAUAAGCAAGAAAGUACUGUGUCACAGGUUAUGCAAAUUAAGAAAUAAACAUGGGUAUAGAAAACGUAUGAUGUGCAAAGAAAAGUGAAAGAGAAUCUUCGCUUGAUUCCUUAAGACCUCAUUUUUGUUACCUGCUUUUAUGCUUUCUGUGUCUUUGCCAUGGGAGUUAUUCUCCCUUUUCCUCGACAGAUUGCAGUCACAGCUCAGACUCUUGACAUGAGUGCUAGUCUGCGUGUUGUUAAGCCUAGAUAGGGCAGGUGGAGUGACAGAGGCGUAGCCGUGGCCUUAUCCAGCCUGCCCAACUUGGGGCAGCUCUCGUUAUCAAACAGAGGCUGGCUACCAGACCUGUGCUGCGUCCUGUUCUCUGGUCUUACCCCACCUCUCCCCUGCUUCAGCAGGCUGUGCUUGGGCCAUAUUCCACAGCUGCCAGCCAUGCUCUGUGCCCCUCUUGUGGAUGGGUGUUGCCAGCAGCUGCGGCCAACAUCAGGAGGCGCUCUGUAAAAAGUAAAGACUCCUGGAAGGUGUUGCUGAGAUAGUAAGCUGAAGAAUACAAGAUGUGAGGGUCUAUAACACCGCUUGGUUUUGCUAACUCAAAAGGAAUUUGCAAAUAGCAUUGCCUAGUUUAACUUUUGCUUACUCGGAAGGAAUUGCUUAGUUUAACUUUUGCUAGCCCAAAUGCAUUCCCAUAAGGAAGCCUUCUCAAAUCACCAGAAGGGGGCCAAUGAGAGAACAAUGGAAACGGGAACAAACAGGAUAAGAAAUUGCAGAGGCACGCAGGGUGGGAGAAGAGCUCAAAACUGGGACAAAGGUCGGAAGGACAUGGCGAGGAAGACUACUGACUUCAUCCAGGGAUGACCACCAGGUGGGGAGGGAGAUGUCGAGCCUUCAUCCAACGACCACCAGAGGAAGCUACUGCACAUGCACUAGGGGGAGGGACAGUGUUUCAACGAAUUCCCAGAAAAGUACUGAAUGUGUCAGUAGGUCUUGGGAAAUACUGCUGAAUAUGUAUGGGCUUGGCUUAUGAAGGUAUUGAGAUCCCACUCUGGUGUGCAAGCUAGGAGCAGCGAUCCCCCCUGUACCCAGUGUGUGGCACAGCGCUGAAAUAGAACAUAUCUGCUCUUAUAACCUUUCGUGGGUUAGAGAGUUUUAUUCCGCAAAUCAUUGCAGCUUGGCUUUUGGCACCUUGCAGCAAACAAGCGGGCAGGAGGGGUACAAAGGUAGCUGGCCGGGGGGGGAUUAACAGCCAGCUGCUGACAGCCGCUGCUUCCUGUUGGGCUGCAUUCAACAAACAGAGGUGGUGCGAUCUGCCCUGUGCAUGGAGGAGGUUCCAUCCCCGCUGCAUCCCACGCUUGCUGGUGCUGGGCCUCUGCCAGCAGGUCAGCCCCCUGCAAGGCCCCCUGGGACUGACCUGCCAGGUGAAACCCCAAUCCGGGGAUAAAAGUCUUUACUUUUUUACUGCUGCACUCCUUGCUGUCCAGUAGCUCGGUCCCUGCUGCUCAAUGGGACGAGGGGAGGAUGUCUGUGCUGUGGCUCCUGGCAGGAUGCUGAGGAUGCCUGCCUGCCCUGGCUGCUCCAAGAGCCCACUGUCCCCAGGUCGGCAGUGUCAGGGCAUAGCCAGCCCUGCUUGCCCUGCUGCUGUUCUGUGCCAUAAGCACUGAGCCCUGAGCUGUGCAGGCGCUGUGGGGGGAGAUCACCAACGCGUUCCCAGGCAGUCUGUGAAGUGCCCUGGUGCUGUGAGCCAACACAAGAGGAACAAUAGUGGGGUGGUGCUGCUGGGCGCUGUGACCUGUGCAGGGUGCAGCGGGCAAUGGAAGCAUCGCCGUGAGCAGGUGGAGAUCUGGGAUGGGUGGGGAGACCCGGCAGUGGAUGUGUGCAGUGUGAGGGAACAGCAGCAGCACUGCGGGGAACCUUGUCCCCUCUGGGGAUGGGGAGCAGUUCUGCACUGCCUUUGCUGCUGGCAGUACCGCGUUGUGCUCCAGGGGGCCCAAGUGCUUGGAGCUCAGCAGAGCAGGGACAGCUGUGGGUGGCACCACUGGGAAGCUGACCCCAAACAGACGGUAGUGCCCAUCCUGCAGGAUGUACUCACCCACACCACUUUCUCUGCAGCCCAAUGAGGACUUGCUAAGGACCUCCUUCCCAAAGGGAUCAAGGCUGGAGCAGCGCUUUGGCAAGAUGUCCUCGAAGCAGUUCUGCAGGAGGGGGCCCCGGGCCUUUCCCUGGGGGGUAGGUGGGGCUGCGGUCGUGGCUGGGAGCACAGGAGCUUUGUGGGACUUGUGUGUGGGACAGUGAGGGUGGGGAUCCAGUGCUCCAUGCCUUGGCAUGCAGAGAAGCUGGGAGAGCAUUUCCGUGGUACAGGAGGGAGUUGGGAAGGCUGGGACUUGUCUGUGACUACAGAUGGCAGGAUUUUGGGCUCCCCAUCUCUGCGUGACAUUCCGUGAGGAUGGGGGAGGCAGCAGCAGUGGGGAGGCUCUCAUCCUGCUUUCCUCUGCCUGUGUCCCCUCUGCAGCCCUAUCUGCGUCAGGCUGGGCCACCACCUCCACGUGCUCAUGGCCCCUGGGAUGCCUGGUGCGAUCCUCCAUGGGAGCAGCAGCACUGGAGAGCCAGGGGAAGAAUGCAUCUGCCCGGUCCCAGGCAGCCCUGGCCUUUCCCUGGCCCUGCUGACAUCCUGCAGAAUGAGGAGAAUUGGAGAUGGGCCCCCAAGAACCAUGAUGUGCCACCACCUCACUGGAUGUACAGAGAGGACCACCAGAGCCAUGAGAUACCACAGCUGCAUCACCGGGACUUCUUUGCCCAGCCUGAGUUCCCCAGCCAGGAGCAGCGUCCUGCUGGAUUCCCAUGGGAGCAAGAAGUCUCCUGGGACAACUGCUCACCCCAGCGCCAUUGUGGCCCACGCCGGAGACGCUGCCGACUCCUUCGGCCCAUCCAGCAGGAGACAGCAGACCACAGCCGUUCUCCCAGCAGCUCCCAAGGUUGGUGCUGCUGCAGCGCUGGCUGCCGCCCAGGACCCCUGUGUGAUGUGUGCAGCCAGCAGCGUCUGCAUGGGGAGGGUUGGCGCUUUGUGUAUUAAGUGCCGUUGUGUUUCCACAGGGUGCCAUCCAUCCUCCAAGCCCUCUCAGUCCUGCUCCGCGGAGAGCCAGCUGGGGCUCAGAGAGCAGCUCGCUGCUCCCCAAUCACUUGCUGCCUGCAAGAACAGUCUGCAAAGCGAGCAGCAGGUGGAUGAGGGCCGGCUGGUGGCAAGCAGCGAGGUGCUGGAACGGCCCGGGCACGCAGAGAAGAGCCCAGAGAAGAGCCCGGGCACUGACCCCCAGGCAGCGGAGCAGGAGCCAGCGGCAGGAUCAAAGCCAGUGGAGCCCGAAGGAGGAGAGGAAGCUGCAGGCAGCCAGCAGCUCUGUGCCCUGGAAUUGGAGCCAGUCUCCUCGGAGACAACCAGCACCAGCGAGGAGGAAGGCUGGGAGCUGAUCCCGCUGGAAGUUACUGUGGAGCCCAGCAGCACACAGCCCAGCGAGGCCGGCUCCAGUGUCUGCACUGAGGCAGCAGCAGCAGCCAGGACCGGGCAGCCUCCUUGGGCUUGGACAGAGCUGGCUGCAGGCUUCCAGAGCGUACCCCGCCCCCCACGCUCCGCACAUUCCCCCAGCAGCACAGACCCGCGCUCUGCCGCCAUCCUCACCAAGAAGGAGAGCAUCGAGCAGGGCUACCACGACUUCUGCCUCAACUUCGCCACGGUGUCCACAAUGCUGCUGCAGAAGGAGCCCUCCAUGGAGGCGAUGCUGAUGAAGGCACUGAGAGCCAACCUGCGCGAGCUCCGCAACCACCUCCUCAAGGAGAUGGAGGACUUCAUCCAGCAGUACGAUGCGACGCACCCCAGCUGCUGAGUGGGGAGCUGUAGGGCUGUGCUGGCACAGCCUGCACUGGGCCUGUAGGGAUGUGCUGAUGCAGACCCUCUUGGAGGUGGGGGUUGGUUGGAGGGGGCUUCGUUUGGAGGGUGGUUGGGUCCGAUGUAGGCAGAAACUGGGACUGCGGGCAAGAUAGGAGCCAUAUGUAGGCCUGUAUUUUAGUGACAGAAGGUGAUGGUUUUAUUGGAGGGAGGGGGGAGGGAGAGCAACUGUGGGGAGGGGCCUCCCCUUCUCUUUAUUCUAUUCCUGUUUUUAAUAGAUGUUCUCUUACAAUUCA